AAGGCCUUCCAGGUCACCUGGGAGUCUCCGCCCAAUGGGACAGACCUGACCCGCAGCGGAGGCGGUAGUGCUCGGGACCAAGCUGGGGAUCUUGGAGGGAGACAGGAUGGCAUCAUCGGGCCCUGACCCACCAUGUUCCUGCGACUGCUUUGUCUCAGUGCCCCCUGCCUCUGCCAUCCCAGCCGUGAUCUUUGCCAAGAACUCUGACCGACCCCGGGACGAAGUGCAGGAGGUGGUGUUUAUACCAGCAGGCACUCACAUUCCUGGGAGCCAGCUCCAGUGCACCUACAUUGAGGUGGAGCAGGUGUCGAAGACCCACGCUGUGAUCCUGAGCCGCCCUUCUUGGCUGUGGGGGGCUGAGAUGGGCGCCAAUGAGCAUGGUGUUUGUAUUGGCAACGAAGCCGUGUGGACCAAGGAGCCCGUUGGGGAGGGGGAAGCCCUGCUGGGCAUGGAUCUACUCAGGCUGGCUUUAGAACGGAGCAGCUCAGCCCAGGAGGCUGUGCACGUGAUCACAGGCUUGUUGGAGCGCUACGGGCAGGGGGGCAGGUGCCGAGAGGACCCCACACCAUUCUGCUACCACAACACCUUCCUGCUGGCCGACCGGACUGAGGCGUGGGUGCUGGAGACGGCAGGGAGGCUGUGGGCUGCACAGAGGAUCCAGGAGGGGGCCCGCAACAUCUCCAACCAGCUGAGCAUCGGCACGGACAUCUCGGCAGAACACCCUGAGCUUCGGACCCAUGCCCGGGCCCAGGGCUGGUGGGGUGGGCAGAGCACCUUUGACUUCGCUCAGGUCUUCUCCCUGACCCAGCAGCCCGUGCGCAUGGAGGCCGCCAAGGCCCGCGUCCGGGCAGGGCAGGAGCUGCUGCAGCAGCAGCAAGGGGACAUCACGGCAGAGGUGAUGAUGGGCAUCCUCAGGAACAAGGAGAGUGGCAUCUGUAUGGACUCUGGAGGCUUCCGCACCACGGCCAGCAUGGUGUCCAUCCUGCCCCGGGAUCCCACACAGCCCUGCGUUCACUUCCUCACUGCCACACCAGACCCUUCCAGGUCAGUGUUCAAACCUUUCAUCUUUGGGGUGGGGGCAGCCCAGGCCCCCCAGGUGCUCUCCCCCACUUUUGGAGCACAGGACCCUGCUCGGACCCUGCCCCGAUUCCACACUCAGGUGGAUCGCCGGCACACUCUCUACCGUGGACACCAGGUGGCCCUGGGGCUGAUGGAGAGUGAGCAGGGUCGGGGGCAGCAGCUCCAGCAGAAGCAGCGGGAUCUGGAGCAGGAAGGCCUGGAGGCUGCGCGGAGGCUGCUGGCUGGGGAGUGGACCCCACCCCCCCAGGAGCUGGGCGGCCUCUUCCAGGCCUUUGUGGAGAGGGAGAGCCAGGUGUAUGCCUGAGCACCCCAGCUCCUCUCAGCCUGGGCUGGGGUGCGGGGGGCUGGGGGAUGGGUGCAGGACCCUGGGGUAAUGGGAUCAGGGCAAUCCCUUCACCCGCCUCAGCCUUUUCUGAGUGGCCAGCUCAGCCUUUGCCUUAAUAAAUGUCUUUUAUUUCCUUGUUCAGUGAACUUGAUCUCAGGUCCAGUGGGGGUGGGAGAGCCAAGUGAGGGCAAAGGGCAGCCCUGAGCUGGCCGCAGGGCCUCUGGUUGCCUUGCAGGGCUGCAGACUCUUCUGACUUGGGGGAUGGGACUAGACGGUGAAGGACACAGAGGGGCCUCUGAGGAGAGGUGGCCUCCCCAGGUGUGUGAGUGUUUGUGCAUGAAAGAUCAUACCUGGCACAGUAGGUGGCUUCUAUUUGGGGGAGAAUUAGAACCACGAGUUUUUUGUCCUUGACUUGAACCUCAGAAGGGCACUCCACAGGGGUGGCAGUGAGAUGUGCCCACCAGGAGAUGGCAUGCUCCACGAGGUGAUGCCCGCCUCCUGCCUACUCAGGAGCCAGGAAGCCAGGUGGGGGCCUGAGAAGGUGACAGCCCUUUGGGUAGUUCCUGAAAGAUCAGAAACUUGUUCUUGGGCCAGCCCCAUGGCUUAGUGGUUAAGUGCGCGCACUCCGCUGCUGGCGACCCAGGUUCGGAUCCUGGGCACAUACAGACUCACUGCUUCUCUGGCCAUGCUGAGGCCGCGUCCCACAUAAAGCAACUAGAAGGAUGUGCAGCUAUGACAUACAACUAUCUACUGGGGUUUUGGGGGGAAAAUAAAUAAAUAAAUAAA